CCAACUUCUCUCCUUCCGAUUCCAUCAUCCCCCCGCAGUGGACACCCUCAUCGGAUCGUCAUCCUGCUUUCGUUGGAGGAGAUCGUGCACCGAUCAAGCAUCUGCCCGCAUUGCCCCUUCGCUGCUGAGCAAGCCAAAGCCGCAUCCCGCAGAUCCAACCCCCAGCGCAAGGAAGAGAGACGAACAGCACCAUGUCCGUCGUCCAGCAGGUCAUCCUCCACCCUUAUCUCUCCCAGACGCUUCGCUUCUGGUCCACCACCGUCGGCCGCGACAAGACCUACCGCACGAUCCAGUAUGCCGCUCGGUUCCUCGCAUGGUACGAGUACAGGAAGGGGGCGACCAAGACGACGGUCGAUCGCCUCAAUGCGCUCAAAUCCAACCUGGGUCUCAGCAGAAAGCUGAUGCGUGUUGGCAAAUUCCUCGAGCAUUUCCAAGCCGCCUUGAAAGCGACGGCGAUCCAAGACCCCGUCGUCUCGUACACCGCUAUCGGCCGCCAACUGGGCUACGGAUUAUAUCUCAUCCUCGACACACUGCAGUGGAUCCAUGGGGCCAAGGUGUACACUUUUGCGCCGGAGACGCACAAGUCCAUCGCCAAGAACGCUGCGCGCGCCUGGCUGACAGGCCUGACGUUCUCGCUUGUCAGUGGCGCGUACAAGACGUACGCGAUCCGCCAGCGCCUCGCGUCCGCCGCGCGGCCGCGCGCGACAGCCGAGAAGGAGGCCGAACGCAAGGUGCAGCUCGCCGCCAUUUGCGCAGAAGAGGCCGCCGUCCGGUACCAGAUCACGCAAGAUGCGCUCGACUGGCUCAUCCCUGCCACCGGCGCCGACGUGCUCAACCUCGACGAGGGCAUCCUGGGCCUCGCAGGCUUCACUACCUCCGUCAUGGGCGGUCUCAGCCAGUGGAAGGCUGUCAACGGCGGCGGUGCGACAGCGGCCAAAAAGUAGCCACUUGGCAGAGGAAAUCGGAGUUGCGUGGACUCCUCAAACAUCGAGAACAUAUGGCAGGUUCUUUUUUGUGUAUUUGGAGCGAUCUGCACUUUUGAGACAUGAAUUCUAUUUUCUGCUUGCUGG